CGCCACUGAUUGGCGGCACUGGUUCUGUUUCUCGCACUUACUGCUUUGGACCUCUUACCACUCUUUCAAUUGCCUUUGACUUAGUGAUCAAUUUUUUGGAUAAUACAAAUCGCGUUGCGUCGGGAUGCUCUUGAUUCUUCCCCCUCGCUGAAAACGCAUAGUUAAUACCCAAAAUCUUGUGCAUUUUUGUCAUUGAAAACUUGCGAUCAUCUCCAAAUCGGUCGGGAUCUCUGGGGGCCACUUUCUUCUCGAGCCCCGUGCGUUCACGAUUACUGCACGGCCGACAUCGAAUAACAUUCGACUCCGUACCUGACGUACUUUGUCAGCUCAGCGCAUUCCCCAAGUUCUAAUCAUGUCCGCUACAAAUAAUGGCGCCGCGGCAACAUCGUCUGCCAAGCGUUUCGAGCUUCCUGCUCUUGACUUCCACUUUGGCUCCCUAACCGACGGAACUGAUAUUCCACCCCCACCCCCAUCGCCUCCGUCACUUAAGGAAGAACUUCACAAAGAAAUUCCCAAGGAAGAGGUUCCCAAGGAGGCAGUUCCGAAGAAAGAGACUCCUAAGGAAGAAGUUCCGUCGCCGCCGAAGACACCGCUCCCGGAAGAGGUUGAGAGGAAGGAAACAAAUGGUGUUGUUAAUGGUCAUGGUACAUCCCCUAGCAAGCCCGAACUUAACACUGUCCCGGCCAAUAUCAGCGUAAAGCGCCCUGGUGAAGACGGCCCCGCGUCACCCGCAUCACACGCGUCGUCAAAUCGUGGCAGCCUCAGACGUUUGCUUAGCAGAAAUUUACUGAACAAUGCUUACGAUGAACAAGGAUCAUUACUUAGCCCAACCGCUUCUUCAAGACCCCCGAGCCGGACAGCAAGUACGAUUACGGAAGAGAAGAAGUCGAAACGCGCCAGCGGUUGGUUCAAAAAGUUACGGUCGCACGAUACUUCUUCUAAGAGAGCUAGCCAAGUAUUCGACCACCACCAGAUCCACCACCAGAUCGAGGAACCUAAGAAGCCAGCUGGUCCCCCUCCGCCGAUGAUUCCGGAGUUGAGCGCUCUUAAGACGAAAGUCGAUACUCAUCUCGGCGAUGACCUGUUUAAGGAAAUCAAAUAGGGAAUUGUUUCACAAACACAUGA